AUGGACUAUGAAGUGAGUGAGGAGGACCACAGGAAGAUAAUUGAGUUUAGUCUUUUGCAUCACAAGAAGCUGGGGCUGGAACAGAGGUUAAAACUCCUUAAACAUGAGCGAAACUUACUCACAGACGCUCAAGACGAGGCUACAAUCUCACUAGAAACUCCUCUUUACCAUCUUGGAGAGUGUUUUAUGAGAGUGGGCGAGGAAGAGUUGGAGUUGGAGUUGCGGGAGCGGAGUGAGCGAUUGGACUCUGAGAUAGAAAAGUUAACGUUAAGUUUGGAGGAAAAUGUGAAGGAGUCUUCACAGCUAAAGUCACAACUGUACAACAAAUUUGGCAAUCGCAUUAAUCUUGAUUCUUAAUAUUACUACUAUACUA